UAGAGUGAUUGCAGUCAGAAUGUUUGCCACGCCCCUCAGACAGCCAAAUGCGGUGAACCAGAGUCAGAAGAAGUCACCCGGCAUGGAUGGCCAUGAUAAACCCUAUCAGUACGAGAUCACCGAUCACGGAUACGGCAAGGAUGCGGUUAAGGUUCUGCAUGUCAGUCGCAAAGGACCUGUGCACACCAUCCAGGAAUUCGAGGUGGGCACUCACCUGAAGCUGUACAGCAAAAAGGACUACUACCAGGGCAACAACUCGGACAUUGUGGCCACCGAUUCGCAAAAGAACACCGUUUAUCUGUUGGCCAAGAAGCACGGCAUCGAGAGUCCCGAAAAGUUUGCCCUUCUGGUGGCCAAGCACUUUAUUAACAAGUACUCCCACGUGGAGGAGGCCCAUGUGCAUGUGGAGGCCUAUCCCUGGCAGCGAGUUUGCCAGGAUGAGACCAGGACGACCAUCGGUGGAAAGUGUGAGAAGGGAACCCCGGGAAGCUGCGACUUCAGCUCGAUCGACGACCGAUCUCUGCACAAUCACGCUUUUAUUUUUACACCUACCGCGCUGCAUUACUGCGAUGUGGUAAUGAGGAGGACAGAUCCUAAACAAACGGUCAUUACUGGAAUCAAGGGUCUCCGAGUGCUGAAGACGACCCAAUCUUCGUUUGUGAACUUUGUGAACGACGAGUUCAGAUCUCUGCCAGAUCAAUAUGAUCGAAUUUUCAGCACCGUGGUCGACUGCUCGUGGGAAUAUUCUGACACCGAUAACGUGGACUUCUUGAGGGCCUGGCAGACGGUGAAGAAUAUCAUUAUCCGCAACUUUGCCGGCGAUCCGCAGGUGGGCGUGUCCUCGCCCUCCGUUCAGCACACUUUGUAUCUCAGUGAGAGACAGGUCUUGGAUGUCCUGCCGCAGGUGUCGGUCAUUUCGAUGACCAUGCCGAACAAGCAUUACUUCAACUUCGAUACAAAGCCGUUUCAGAAAAUCGCUCCUGGCGAUAAUAAUGAGGUCUUCAUCCCGGUCGACAAGCCACAUGGCACUAUCUACGCCCAGUUGGCCCGGAAGAACAUCAAUAGUCAUCUAUAGACCGAUCUCUGAAUUAUAUAGUCUUAAAUAAACUAUUUAUAGUGUGUUAUAGCAAAUUAA